UCAGGUAGUUGACAAGCGUGUGAGUGCUCCCCUAGCUUUGUUCACCCUCCCUUCCUCCAAUGGCCACCACCGCAUCCAAGUACCCCCAACACUACGACGACAACGAUGAGGAUGACGACGAUGAAUUCGAUGACGACGACGACGACGAGCCCUCGCCCCCACUGCCCGCCGGCGGCGAGGAGGAUCGCCUCGAGUCCAUUCUUCGCCGGCUCACGGCGGACGAGGUACGGAUCCGGGUGCACGACGUCGCGAUCCGGGGCUGCGCCCACACGCGCCGGGCCGCCGCGGAGGCGGCGGUUGGGACGGACCUCGCGCGCGCCGCUACUGUGCCGGAGCUCCUGCGUGCCGCCGCAGCGGCCGGCGAGCGGCUCCGUCGCCUCGGCGCCUUCGAAUCCGUCUCCAUCACCCUCGACACCGCGCCGCCGGGGGUCCCUGCGGACGCGAGAGGCGGCGCCGUCGUCGUCCUUGUCGACGUCACCGAGGCUCGGGGCCGCGCUGCCGGCGGGCUCGGCGUCUUCGCCAACACGGAGACUAGAUCAUGCUCAGUUGAAGGUUCACUGAGGUUCAAGAAUCUAUUUGGAUACUGUGAGACCUGGGAUGCAUCUGGUCUUCUUGGUUUAGAUCAGACAAUGGAGCUCAGUGUUGGAGCCAUAAUACCAAGAAUUGGACCAAUACCCACUCCACUGAUGGCUCGAGUGUCAUUUCUCUCUGACGACUGGUUAAAGUCCUCACUCAGAGAACACCUGAUGGGGGUUUCUGUUGGUUUGCUCUCCACGAUGAACCAUAACCUUGCUUACAAUCUCUCAUGGAGAACUAUAAUUGACCCAGCGCGGUUGUCCUCCAGUUCCAUAAGGGAGCAGUUAGAGCAUAGCCUACUAUCCUCUAUUAAAUAUACAUAUAAAAUUGACCAGCGAGAUUCAAGCAUAAGACCUACACGUGGAUACGCUUUUCUUUCAUCUUCUCAAGUCGGAGGUCUUGCCCCAGAUAGCAAAAUCACACGUUUUGUUAGACAGGAAUUUGAUCUUCGGGUAGCUAUGCCACUGGGUGUGUGGAAUGGUGCUCUGAAUGCCGGAGUGGCUGCAGGGGUCAUCCAUCCACUGGCCAGAGGAUCAACAGGCUCUAUCUCAUCACUUCCAGAACGCUUCUACUUGGGCGGCAAUAGGUCUCUUGUUUGCCGCUUGGGUGGACCAUCAUCACUAUUGGGCUUCAAGUCAAGAGGGCUAGGACCGACAGACUCACAAACCUGUGCCCCCAAGAAUUCUGAAAAUGCUGCUUCCAUUUCUCCUGAGCUAGAUGCACUGGGAAGUGACAUAGCAGUCACAGCCUUUGCUGAUCUGUCAUUUGAUCUACCUCUGAAGCCACUCAGGGAGCUUGGGAUUCAUGGCCAUGCAUUUGUCUCAGCUGGGAACCAUGCUAAGUUCACAGAGCGUGAUAUCAGAAGAUUUUCCGUUACCGAGUUCCUAAAAACAUUCAGGAGUUCUGCAGGAUUUGGUGUGGUUGUGCCAACCAGAUUAUUUCGCAUAGAGAUGAACUACUGCCACAUCCUGAAACAGUUUGAUCAUGACAAGACGAAGACAGGCAUACAGUUUAACUUCUCUUCGCCCUAAUUCUUUUGCGACACCUUUCUAUGAAGAUGAAUAUUUGUAUUAAUUUUCUUAAUAUGACCCCACUUGUCAUUCUUCUUUUUUCCCAAGAACUUGCGAGCCUCUCUUAGAAACUUCACAAACAGUAGGUGAUGAUGAAUUCUUGUCCUGGCUUGUUGAUUAAUUGUUGUGGCCUGUAAAGUCUCGAAUCUGAAUGAAAAUAAGAGAUAGAGGGAUUCAGUUUUCAAUGCUUA